GCGCUCGACUUGGCUAUAUUUCAUUCGACCCAAAUGACGACACCAGGGCAGGAUGCUAAGUUCUUUCAGCGCGGUAAGAUUCAGGAAUUCCGCGCGGAGUUGCAAGCCGCAGAGACGAAGGACAAGAAGUUCACUAAACGGAAAACAGUGCUAAAGAAGAUUGUGGCUAACAUCACUAUGGGCAAUGACAUGUCCGCUCUGUUCACUGACGUCGUACAAUGUCUCGGCACACCUCUACUCGAGAUCAAGAAGAUGGUUUAUCUAUUUCUGGUGUACUAUGGUCGAGCGAAAGCCGAACAAAUACACAUCGUCAUCCCAAGCUUCCUUCAAGACUGCAAUGACCGCAAUCCCCUUAUCAGAGCUCUCGCCAUCCGUACCAUGUCCUACAUACCUAUACCCAUCGUCAUCGAGAACCUCACCGACCAACUCCGCCACCACCUCAAGGACCGCGACCCGUAUGUGCGCAAGACGGCCGCUAUCUGCGUUGCGAAACUCUACGCUGCUGAUUCAAGGAAGGCUGAGAGGGGUGGGUUCGUGGAGAUGCUAAGGGAUUUGAUGGUCGACAGUAACGCGACAGUUGUGGCGAACGCAAUUGCUGCUCUGUGUGAGAUCGGUGAUCGCCCCGACGGCGUCAUCUUCAAGCUGAACCUCACAAUCGCGAAUAAGCUAAUCACCGCACUUAGCGAGAGCUCUGAAUGGGGUCAGAUUUACAUCCUGGACUCUCUGCUUCGUUACGUGCCAGACAACCACGGCGACGCACAAAUGAUGGCCGAACGCAUCAUCGUUCAGCUCCAACAUGCCAACUCCGCCGUCGUACUCACCACCAUCAAGGUCUUGCUGUACUUGAUGAACUACAUGGAAGACAGGCGGUUGAUUGAUUACAUCUGCAAAAAGAUGGGACCUCCGCUGGUUACAAUGCUGUCGUCUGGUCCUGAGGUUCAAUAUGUGGCCCUGCGGAAUAUUUUAUUGAUUAUUCAGAGGCGACCGUCGGUGCUGAAGAACGACGUCAAGGUGUUCUUCUGCAAAUAUAACGACCCAAUCUACGUCAAGCUGGCCAAGUUGGAGAUCAUGUAUCGGUUAGCACGAGAAGAGAAUGCGAAGGAAGUGCUUGCUGAACUCGAAGAAUACGCCUCUGAAGUCGACAUCGACUUCGUGCGGAAGGCCGUCCGGUCCAUUGGCCGUCUCGCCAUCAAAGUCGAGCCCGCCGCAGAUGCCUGCAUCAAAUCACUGCUCGGCCUAAUCGACACGAAUGUCUCGUAUGUUGUGCAGGAGGCCGUUAUAGUCAUCAAGGACAUAUUCCGUCGCUAUCCCGGCAAGUACGAGGGUGUUAUUCCUACGUUGUGCGAGCAUCUUGAUGCUCUGGACGAGCCGGAGGCAAAGUCCGCUAUGAUUUGGAUCAUUGGCCAGUUCGCCAACAGGAUAGAAAACGCGGACGACUUGAUGGACGAUCUCACGUAUAAUUUCUUGGAAGAGCCUACGGAGGUGCAACUUGCCUUGAUGACCGCUGUCGUCAAACUCUUCAUUUACAAGACUACUUCUGAUAGCGUGAAAGCCCUCGUUCACAAGGUUUUAAAGUGGGCCACAGAGGAAGUUGACAACCCCGACCUUCGUGACCGAGGCUUCAUGUACUGGCGGUUGCUUGCGAUUAACCCUUCCGUCGCAGGCGAGAUCGUUUUAGCGGAGAAGCCUGCGAUCACGACAGACUCAGAUCGUAUGGACAGAGGUGCACUCGACCAACUCCUACUACACACGGGCACGCUGGGAAGUAUAUACCACAAGAACCCAGAAACCUUCAUCAGGGGUGCAGCGGGCAAAGCUUUGACAGAUAGUCCCGCCCUGAAUGAGCACUCAAGACAAGUCCUCGUCCACCUCGCACGGCCAAAACUUCCCGCCCUUGGUCCUCUAGUCGUCUCAGGUCCAGGACCAAUAGAACCCAACCAACGUCCCCCAACAUCACCAUCAGCUCUCGCAGCUGCUGGCAGCAAACCACCACCGCCAUUGCCCGCAGACGCCGAUGCCAACGGCAGCGGUGAUCUCCUAGACCACGACGACAGCGGAGACCAUGAUCAUGAUGCGGAUGGAGAUGAUGAUAUGUUGACGAAGCCGGCAGCGGCUCAGGUGGGGGCAUUGAGUGAUCCGUAUGCAUCACUGGACAGUGCGUUUGGUGGAUACAUGGCCGAUGCUCCGCAACCAAUGUCGAUGAACUCGGGCACUGGUCAACCUUCACUGAUCUGAAUGAACGUGAACAUAGUAGGUGGAUGGACGGAUUCAGACGGACGAUUGCGGAUUUGUAUAUCUAGUAUCGUGUGUUCGUGCAUGGAUACAUUUCGACUAUAUUGAUACAUUUGGAGGAUUGAACCAGAUGAUGCUAUACGACACAUCACAGUCACGAAGAGAGGAGCUGCUUGAUAGGACUUGUUAUCCUAUGUAUUCCAGUUUUUGGUCGUAGAGAGUUAUAGUGCUCUCCGAGCCCAUACAUUCGCCGGUGAUAACUUAUCCGGACGACCUUCGUAUCCUUCACAUGAGACUCGUCAGAUGCACCAACCGGUUCAUGCAUCACUAUAGGCUGGGGGCCGCUCUGCACGACGUGAAUAGGAACCUGAUAGGCUCUGCUCAAUGCAAGGAUCUCUGGCUCGCCACCCCACACUCCCGUAUCACGGAUUGUGGCACAGUACGACUCAAACUCCCGAGGACCCAUCAUACCCUCCAAACCGGCACCUACGCCAUCUUCGCCAGUGACAGAGGGGAGGAAUGGCAGAAAGUCGUCUGGGUGGUUGAAGAUGUAUUUUGCGGCGGCAUGACGAGUGGUGGCGUAUGUGGCGUCCGCGGGUGGUAUGAUGCUGAGCAAGGCGAGUUGGUCGGCGAUGGCGGCGUAGAGACAGUGACCAUCGGGAUUGAUCUCAUACAUCUCUAAACCGAGUUCAUCGCAUACUUUCUUGAUGUCCUUCUCUUCCUGCUUCGCCUCACGUUCCAACCGAGCAUCCGCUUCGGGGUCUGACGCUGGAGCAGCCUGUGCAAGCUCUGCAGCCUUCUUGGCCUGUCUUGCUUUGUGGCGCUCUUUACUGGAUUUGUGCUUCUUACUGCUGUCCGAGUCCACAGAGGGCACAGAACCCACGGAGACAUCGCGAUUGUCUUGCAUUUCAGAAAGUACGUUAGCUGACUCUUGUUGUACGGUCUCGUCUUUCGAGUCGAGCUGUGAGAACAGAUCAUCCAUCAAGUCGUCAUCCGGAACGGCGCUCUCGUCGGGGGUGGUCGAUGGAGAUGGGGAGAAGAGUUUCUUGACUUUGGCACGCUUGCUUCCAGCCAUCGUGAGAGUUGAGGGUAAAUUAAAGGUGUUGAGAAUAUGAGGGGAUGUGAGGAAGAAGCGGACUGGUUCUC